AUGUCUGGAAGAAGUGUUCGGGAGAUUCUGUUCUCCGUCACUCUAUAUCCUUCUCACUUGUCAGAGCUUCACAGUAAAAUAAGGUUUCUUUAUACUCCGGCCAUCAUGAAAUUCACAUCUAUCGCAUUGUCAGUCAUCUGUCUCAUCUCGAACGUAUUUGGUGCUCCAACAGAGGCCACUGCAGGCGACUUGAAGGUCCCUUCCGAAGCUAUUGUUGGCUUCCUCGACCUCGCUCAGGAUAAGGACGUUGGGGUGAUUCCGUUCUCAAACGAGACUACUACCGGGCUUCUGUUUGUCAAUACGACGAUUCUCGACCAGGCAACGGAUAAUAAGGCGAACAAGAGGAGCGCCGAGGCUUGGCACUGGAUCAGCUUGCGCACAGGACAACCCAUGUACAAGAGAGACGCAAAUGCUGACCCAUGGCACUGGAUUUCGCUGCGCACUGGACAACCCAUGUACAAGAGAGAUGCCAAUGCAGAUCCUGAGGCGGACCCCUGGCACUGGAUCAGUCUACGUGCCGGCCAGCCUAUGUAUAAGAGGGAGGCAGACGCAAACCCCUGGCAUUGGAUCUCCUUGCGUACAGGACAACCAAUGUACUGA